AUGCAAUCCUUCAUGGUCGGCUGGCAUGGAGUUCGCCAGCCUUCGAAGACGGCUUUGGUGUCAGAUGCAAGGUCACUAACUCUGCUAUCAUUCUGAAGCGGUCUUAUCUCUAUAGUUGCGAGAUGACAACGUUUUACUGAUGCAGUCUUACCGCUCCUUUGGACACCUCAGACGAGUAGACCUUAUAAAAUCAACGCGUCGUGGACCCUCGACUUGACUCUCAUUGCCAUGUCUUCACCCGAGCACCGGAGUGCCGAUGGCUCUUUCCCCGAGAAACUUGAAGCCCGUAGAGAGUACCUUUUCUCUUAUGGCUCUGACGCAGACGAGGAAAUUCGCAAUGCUAUGCCAGUGCUGCGUGGCAGGCGGCUGAUAGUUGCAAUUGCCUGCGUGGCCGGUACAAGCUUCACCUUGUUUGGCUAUGACCAAGCUGUCAUGUCUGCUCUCCUGACUGCAAAUCAGGUAUUUCCUCAGGUCGUGGUGAAUGCCGAUCACCCGAACCAUGCGACCCUGCAAAGCUUUGUUGUCGCGAUUUACGAGAUUGGGGCCCUCCUCGGCGCAUUCUCCAACCUAUGGCUGGGGGACAAGUUAGGACGGCGGCGGACCAUCUUUCUUGCCGGAACGAUGAUGAUCAUUGGUGCGAUACUGCAAGCGACGUCUUUCACCUUUGCACAGCUGGUCGUAGCCCGCAUAUUUACUGGCUUUGCUAUGGGGUUGAAUACGUCAACCGUCCCUGCCUACCAGGCUGAAUGCUCUCCGCCUGACAAAAGAGGCAGUCUCAUUCUGAUAGAGGGUACUAUGGUCACUUUUGGCGUGACAAUCUCAUAUUGGAUAGAUUUAGCCUUCUAUUUUCUAAGACAAUCAUCGGCACAAUGGAGAGUGCCCAUCGCUCUUCAAAUCAUCCUCGCGCUUAUCAUGGUUGUGGGCAUCACGGCCAUGCCUGAGUCUCCUCGGUGGCUUGCGAAGCAUGGUCACGAUGCGGAAGCAUUAGCGGUGAUCUCUGCAUUGGAGGAUAAGGACUACGCCAGUGAUUCGGUCCAGCUCACUUAUCAUGGCAUUCGCGAAGUCAUUGAUGCCGAGUCCCGGACCGGUCCAUCGAGCAUGUCCCCUCUUCGAGAGGUCUUCACCAAUGGUCGCUCACAGAACCUCCGUCGCACGGCCUUGGCUGUCGUCAUGCAGUGCUUCCAGCAGAUGAGUGGAAUCAAUCUCAUCACAUACUUUGCUACGAUCCUUUUCCAGCGUCUCGGUCUCAGCGAUGUCAAUUCUCGUAUAGUCGCUGCCGCCAAUGGCACCGAAUAUUUCCUUGCAAGCUUUAUUGGCAUUGGGCUUGUUGAUCGCCUCGGUCGGCGGCCACUUAUACUGUUUGGUCAGGUGGGCCAAACGAUCACCAUGACGCUCCUAGCUGUGAUGGGCGCCAUCAACACACCAGGAUGCCGCGUCGUAUCCGUAGUCCUAUUAUUCGUAUUCAACACCUUCUUUGCCGUCGGAUUGCUGGGGACAAGUUGGCUCUAUUGCGCCGAGGUUGUCAGCUUGCGUAUUCGAGCCCCUGCUAACGCUUUUAGCACUGCAUCGGUUUGGACGUUCAACUUUGUGGUAGUGAUGAUUGCAAGCCCUUCGUUCAACAAUAUCGGCUGGCGGACAUACCUUGUUUUCGCUGUUCUGAAUGCCUUCAUCAUUCCUGUUAUAUACUUUUUCUUCCCAGAGACUGCAGGACGGUCAUUGGAAGACAUGGACGUUGUGUUCGCUUUGGCAUACAACGAAGGUGUCUCGCCAGUCGCAGUGUCGCUCAGGAAAGACGUGCCUCUGGCUGGCACGCCAGAGGCUGACGCCAUUCUCGGCGUAGUAGGCUCCUCAAGUCAGGGCAGCACCUCGAAGUCGUUCAAGACAAGCUCGAAGUAAACGAGAGAGCAUGAGAAACGAAGUGAUCAUCGUAGAUGGAAGAGUACCAUACAGAAGCGGCUGGGACACAUUAAGGCAGAAACGCCAGUUCAAGUAGAGGAAACAGUUUAUGAAUGCGCAGACUUAGAAUUGCGGAAAUCUACAAUAGUCUAGCUACACAGAGCACGCAGUCUCGGGAGAAAAAUUGUAAGCGUAUGACCAGUAGUGCAGACGAAUUGCAUCGCAAUACGCCUAAAUACGUAUGAUACCGCAUCUACAGAGGACAUGACCAAG